CACAUGAAGGUUUGUGAUUUUCAUCAGUUUUGAUGUAAACUAGCAGGGUUCUUGCUGUACCACCAGGUCUGGUUGACAGCAGCCUCUGUGCACAGCAUUCCAUGUGCUAACAUGGUGUUAUUAUGUGAGCUAAAUAAUCAUCCUGGGCAAAAUUGCAUUUGGUUAGACAGGUCAGUUAUGGACAGUCUUUGCCUGAAACCUUGUAUUAAAAUUCAGAUAAAAGGUAUUUGGUGAUUGUAACAAUAACCAAACCAUAGAUGACAGAAAUAAGACCUAUCCUGUUCAUUUCCCCUCUUGUCCAUGUGUGCAUGUAUGUUCUCCCACAUCUGCGUUCCCUUGAGUUCUUGUUAGGUCCCACCAGCCUUGGCCACUGAAAGCCACAUAAAUCUCCUUGAGCUGCCAUUCACUUACACAUAUAAUCUUCUUUUAAGCCCACAUGAUACAUCCCUCACUUUGAUGUAGAGCAAGUUUGCUUCAGCUACAAGGUGCUUAGCUUGAGUUCUUCUGUCAGUUUUUAUUUUCCAUUGUGUUUCUCUCAGUAUGUAUUUGGACCAAGCUUAUUGAUUUAGUAGAUAGGUGUUGUUGCUGUUACAUUGAUCCACUUGCAGUGCCAGCAGGAGUUGUUGACAGAAGGAUCACCCUUCUUUUUCUGGCACAAGUUGCAAGCAAAUGUGUAAUGUGUUCAUCGCUUCAUUCCAGAGUUGUUUCAGUUUCUAAGUGUAUGAAACUGUUACUACACUGCUUGCUGUUUCUUUUUUCAAAGUUACUGUACAGCAGCAGUACAUGGCUUUUUAAAAAGAUCAGGUUGAAUUUUGGAGGGAGAUUUCAGCAGCAUGGUGAAAGUGCCAGCAGAGUUUCCUGUGAUGCAAUCAGCAUUCUGCAUCAAGAAGUUUUUCUGGUUUCCAUUUGACUUAAAUGAUUUUAGGUACUGAUGAUUCCUAGUACAGGAAGGAGUUUGACAUCUUUGACCCAAAAAGUCACUUGGAAAUUGCCAAAUAUGUCAUUUAGUAGUGGACCUAUUGCACGAAUCAGAAAGUUGGCAGAGGUUGUUUACCAUUCCUAAGCUGGAUUAGCUCUUGAAUUUUUUCUGGUGUUCUCUACAUCUGCAGAAUUGCAUAUUGAAGCAACUUCUAUUAGCAACAGCAUUCCCAAAACAAGUAGCUCUAAUCAGCAUUUUAGGGAAUAGUUAUAGCUGUUUCUGCAUAUAUUAAAAUUAUAAUUAUACAGCAGAAAUUUUAAAAAAUAAAAGGUCAUCUUUUUGUGUGCUGUGUAAGUGGACUUAUUUUUAAUUAUCUAGAAAAGCUAGUAAUUUCUUGAGUAGUUUGAUACUAGAUAAAUGAAUUAAAGCAAAUCCUAAAUCACCUGCUUGAGCUUUACUGACCUCUUAGUGGUUAUUAAAUAAUUAUUAUUUAUCAGUAAUAGCCUGAAACACUAGUUUCAUGCCAAAACAGCAUGUAAAAUAUUGCAUUUUUCGCAAACUUUUAACCAUUUACUUGAAACUGUAAUUUUCUGGGAGAUUAAAUGAUCUCCUAACUAUGCUGUGAAUAUUUCUUACAUUUAUUUUAGAUGAGUUAAAAUAAAGUACUGAAUAGUGAAGUCACAUUUGACUGUUUAAUUAGCAAUAGUAAAUGAAGACAAAUAGGUCUAUAAUUAAACUUAAUUUUAACUUCAUUAUAAUGUGUUUUCAUAUAUCAGAAUCAGGAACUAGGUGUUGAUGUAAAUUUAUUUUUCUGUGCAAAUUUGACAGAAAUAAAUGUUAAGUAUUUCUGAAAUAAUUUCCCUUUUUUAGAUUUUGUACAUCUAUUUUUAUAGCCUUUAAGUAGUUAAGUAGUGUAUUUACCAGUUAAACAAUGAAAUACUCUCAUGAAUUUUAGGUAUUUUUAAAAUUGAAAAGAAAAAGUAAAAUCCUUUUUUUUUGCAUUUGCUAAUAUUUAUUAUUGUGCUUAUUGCAUAAACCACAUUAUUUAAAGUCAAACUUACACAGCAGUCAAAAAUGUCAAAAAGACCUCAAAUCCAUAUUUUUGUGGGAGCACCCAGUAUUCCGAGCCCACUGGGGGGGUCAGAGCCAAGCUCAGCCCGCAGGGGUGAGGCAUGGAGGGAGCUGCGCUGUUGGUGUGAGAGCCGUGGGUUUGUUUGGGGACAGCUCGGGGCUGCUGCUGCCUCCCCGCUGCCCCAGGCACAGAGCUGCACACCCCCAGGAGCCCCUGCCAGUGGGGACAGCACUCAGCAGGGCAGGGGCAUGGCAAAUCCAGGAAAGGAGUCGACAUCUCCUGCCCCUGUGGCACUACCUUGUACCAGCACGCCUAAAAACAGCACAGGUUUAACUCGCUCUGAUUGUCAAGGAUCCAAAGAUAGAUUUACACCUGCAGAUGUAAAUCAGGCUGCACAUCAAGACCUGCCCCAGGGCUGUGCAGAAUCAGCUGGGCUGGAGAAACCAUCAGGUGCCUGCUGCCCAGAGCUCACUGAGAGAAAAGCCCACCCUUCAGAAGUUAACAGCUCUGACAUUUCUGCUUUGGUUGCCAGCACUGAGCAGGUCAGGAUCCAUCUGCAGUCUGUGGGACUUCAGGCAGCUCACAGAAGUGAGCAUCAUGAACAUCUAAGUCAAUGUAAGGAUACAUUUUCCCAAAAAGGUCAGGAGUCCAAACCAGAAGAACCAAAUGACUCCGUAGAUUUUGCAGUGUCAGCAGACACUGAAUUUCGUAGUGUGGUGACUUUGAGUCAGGUGGCUGUUUUUGCACAGAAUGAGAUGCAGGAAAGUAUUGUAAAACUAUCAGAAAUAGAAGCAGGCAAAAAAACUGAAGAAGGACAGUAUGAUCACUUCCAAUGUGAUUCUGGUGUUGGAACAUGUACUACUAAUGUGACUGAAAAUGAAUAUGAGGAAGAGGAUGCAAGUUCUCUUGAACUUUUCAGUUCUGAGGAUGAUGGGGAAAAUGUUUCCAUUAAAGCUACAAAACAGGAAGAAAGUGCCCAGGAAAAUGCAGAAAAGUUUCAAGAACUUAUUGUUCCUCCUGAGCAACUUGUAAAUGAAAUCCAUAUUGAGCCAUUGAGCUCUGGAAUACUGUGCUCUCAAGGAAACAGUUCUCACAAGAACUCUUCUAAAAGACCCCGCAAACAUGAAGAUUCCUUUCAUCUUUCUCACUCAGCAUUUAAAAGACAACUGAAAUCUAAGAGAGCUAAACUGAAUUCUUCUCCACCUGGUUCUGGGGUGAGAGUGGAUCCAGACAGGAUGGCAGAGUUCAAGAAAUUCCAAAAGAAAUUAUCACUGCUUAAGAAUUGCUGCAACAAAAAUCAAAAGUACAAUAUUUUGGUUACAGUUGUACAUCCUUGUCAUAUCAAAGAAAUACAGAAGAAGACAGAACCAAAAUCUUCCUGUAAAGUUCCUGUAGCAACAAUUGUUGUUAUUGACCAGUCAGAAACUGAGAGGAAGGUGGUGCUGUGGCGUGGUGCUGCAUUUUGGUCCCUCACUGUGUUCCCUGGGGAUAUCGUACUCCUUACAGAUAUAAUAAUGUAUGAGAAUCCUUGGUGUGGAGAGGUCAUGCUUCAGUCAACAUUUACCAGUCAGUUACUGAAUCUGGGGAACUGCUCAGCUCUCAAUACAGAAAAAUUUUAUCCUCUAGUGGAUGCUGGUGUUCUCCAUGGCUUAUUGGCAUACAUAUCAUCAGAACUUCCACACUUCAGAGACAUUCCACAAAGACAAGUUCAGAGACUGGAUGAUGUUCAGUAUGUGCAGUUAGAUCAGCUCCAGCCAAAUACUUUGGUGCACUCAAUCCUGAAAAUUAUCAAUAUUUCAGUGUUAACAGAAUCUCUGUACAGCUACAGAGGUGGCAGCCAAAGAAAAAUUAUUCUAACAGUAGAACAGAACAGAGAUCAACACUAUAGGAUGGUUCUGUGGGGAGCAGGGGCUGCCUGGUACCCCCAGCUUCAGAGGAAAAAAGACCACAUAUGGGACUUCAAAUACCUUUUGGUCCACUGUAGUUCUGUCUCAGGUGACUUGGAACUGCACACAACUCCAUGGUCAUCCUAUGAGUGCUUGUUUGAUGAUGACAAAAGGGCAGUUGAAUUUAAAGAAAAGUUUCAGAAAAGUCAAACAUCCCUCAUGGGGUUGACAAGGCUCUCGGCACACCUGGAAGAAAAAUGCUCAGGAGUGGUUCAAGUGAAAGCCCACAUCUUGGAAUUGCAGUUUACCAUUUCCACUGGUCAGUACAAGCAACUCAUCUUCUCUGCUGACACUUCACUGGAAUGUGUUUUGGCUUCUCUGCCUAUGAUUACAUAUUCAGGUUGUGCCAAAUGUGGUUUGGAGCUACAGGCAGAUGAGAACAUGAUCUACAAGCAAUGUAUUAGAUGUCUGCCAUACAGUAAAGUAAAAACAUUCUACAGACCUGCUUUGAUGACAGUAGAAGAUGAAGGAUAUGAAAUUUAUGUUCAUGUGGUGUCUGAGUUGGUGGAAAAAAUCUUCCUCAAUAUUCCUGCAGACUGGCUGAAGAGAUUAGUAGUGCCCUGUUCAGAUAUAACCUAUGGCACAAUAGUAGCAGAUCUGUGUCAUUCACUGCUGGCAGAUACAGAAGCAUUCUAUGUGUUGGAAAUCAGAAGCCACUUCGUGCUAGAUGAGAACAGCUAUCCUUUGCAAAAGGACUUCCAUCUGCUGAAUUUUCAUCCUGAUCUUUGACCUCUGCACUGAGUAACAAAGACCAUAAGGACACACAGAUGGGAAGCAGAAGAAAGAUGACUUAGCUGAAGGAAGCAAAUCUCUUUAAAACAUUAUAAUAAAGGAUUUGGGUUUUAACUUAUGAAAAAAGCAAAACCAUCAAAAGGACUGGUAUGGAAUAUCUGCUAAUAGUAAAUACUGCUGGAGUAAUACUGAUGAAUUUUCAUAAAAUAUAUUUUUAUACAUGCAUUUUUAUGUUAAUAAUUACGUUAAUAAAUUCCAACAAUUUCUUCCA